AUGAAGUGCACCAACGCGCUGCUCUUUCUGAGCACUCAUUGCGGCCUCUGUUCUAUAGCAGAAGCCGCCUACAAUGGCACGCAGAAUAGCACCAACUUGAUUUACCCCCUCAGCCAGGAUAGCGAGUUUUCUUUCAUCUUGACUGAAGCUCUCGCUCUGGCCAAUGGCGGAGGCGCAGCCACGAGUGAGGUCCUUCGUGCCGCUAGCCAAAUCGUGCCUGGUGACGAGGAUAGCUGGUAUCAGGAAUUUUACUGGCUGGCAGAGCAGAUCCAUGGCCUGGCCUCGCAGGCCAGGACGACCACAUCCAAGCGCGAGGCCCUCUUUCGCGCGUCUUCCUACUACCGGCUUGCCAGCUUCUACCUGACAGCCAACGUGAGCGACCCUCGACUCUACUCGAUAUGGGACACGGUGCUCGGCACCUUUCAUGAGGCUAUAUCAUACCUUCCUAUUCCAGGACAGAAUAUUACCAUCCAAGGUCCUGGGUGUGAGAUCCCCGGGUAUGUCUUCAAAGCUCAGGAAGGAAACACUUCCAAACUACCAACGGUCAUUAUUGGUGACGGGUACGAUGCACCUCAGGAAGACAUUUGGCACGGCCUGGGCAAGGAGGUAGUCGAUCGCGGCUGGAACCUGGUCACAUACGAAGGUCCUGGCCAGCCGACUGUGCGACGUCAACAAGGACUCGGGUUCAUCCCGGAUUGGUGGAAUGUCGUGUCGCCUGUCGUGGACUAUCUCGCCACCCGCGAAGACGUCGACAUGGACAAUAUUGCGCUGGUUGGCAUCUCGUUUGGAGGCCAGCUCGCCCCGCUGGCUGCUACACACGAGCACCGGAUAAAGGCUGUUCUUUCCAUUGACGGUCUAUAUGAUAUGCAAAAGGCUCUUUUGGACCAGUUUGGAGAGCUCGCCACAAUCUUUGCAACUGGCAAUGCGACCAACUUUGAUCAAGCUGUUGAAUAUGAACUCGGCCAGCCAGAGGCUCCUACGAUUUUCAAGUGGAUCACGGGCCAGGGGCUCUGGACUUCCAAUACAACUUCCUACUAUGACUGGAUUGACCAGCUGGGAGCCUAUGCCCUGACGCAAGACAAGGUGGACAACAUCACAGCAUACCCUUGGGUUGGCCGAGGUGAGAAUGACGAUUUGGUCGGAGGACAGGAACCAGUAUUGGCCGGAUUCUACAAUGCCAGCCCCGGCCAUGAUGCCGCAUAUCACGUCUUUUCGACGGAUCUAGGAGCGGGCGAGCAUUGCCAACUGGGCGCAGAGCAGCACCUAGCACAGUUUGCAUUCGACUGGCUCGAUGAAAUUUUCUCGGUCUAA